CGACCGGAAGUGCUCUUCACCGUCUGCCUUCCACUCGGCUCUCUGGUCCCGGCGGUAAGAUGGCGGCUGCCGCGGGGUGCGAUGUGGUAAUGGCGGCGACCGAGCCAGAGCUUCUCCACGACGAAGAAGCGAAGAGUCCCACGCCUUUGACAUCUCAUCCUUCAGUCCCUUUGCUGGAAGCAGAGUCUUUCAAGGAACAAGGAAAUGCAUACUAUGCCAAGAAAGAUUACAAUGAAGCUUAUAACUAUUAUACAAAAGCCAUAGAUAUGUGUCCUAAAAAUGCUAGCUAUUAUGGAAAUCGGGCAGCCACCUUGAUGAUGCUUGGAAGGUUCCGGGAAGCUCUUGGAGAUGCACAGCAGUCAGUGAGGUUGGAUGACAGUUUCGUCCGGGGGCAUCUACGAGAGGGCAAAUGCCACCUAUCUUUAGGGAAUGCCAUGGCAGCAUGUCGCAGUUUCCAGAGAGCCCUAGAACUGGAUCACAAAAAUGCUCAGGCACAACAAGAGUUCAAGAAUGCUAAUGCAGUCAUAGAAUAUGAGAAAAUAGCAGAGACGGAUUUUGAGAAGCGGGAUUUUCGGAAGGUUGUUUUCUGCAUGGACCGUGCCCUAGAAUUUGCCCCUGCCUGCCAUCGCUUCAAAAUCCUCAAAGCAGAAUGUUUAGCAAUGCUGGGUCGUUAUCCAGAAGCACAGUCUGUGGCCAGUGACAUUUUACGAAUGGAUUCCACCAAUGCAGAUGCUCUGUAUGUACGAGGGCUUUGCCUUUAUUAUGAAGAUUGUAUUGAGAAGGCGGUUCAGUUUUUUGUACAGGCUCUCAGGAUGGCUCCUGACCACGAGAAGGCCUGUGUUGCUUGCAGAAACGCCAAAGCACUUAAAGCAAAGAAAGAAGAUGGGAAUAAAGCCUUUAAAGAAGGAAAUUACAAGCUAGCAUAUGAACUGUACACAGAAGCCCUGGGGAUAGACCCCAACAAUAUAAAAACAAAUGCUAAACUCUACUGUAAUCGGGGUACGGUUAAUUCCAAGCUUAGGAAACUAGAUGAUGCAAUAGAAGACUGCACAAAUGCAGUGAAGCUCGAUGACACUUACAUAAAAGCCUACUUGAGAAGAGCUCAGUGUUACAUGGACACAGAACAGUAUGAAGAAGCAGUGCGGGACUAUGAAAAAGUGUAUCAGACAGAGAAAACAAAAGAACACAAACAACUCCUAAAAAAUGCACAGCUGGAACUGAAGAAGAGUAAGAGGAAAGAUUACUACAAGAUUCUAGGAGUGGACAAGAAUGCCUCUGAGGAUGAGAUCAAGAAAGCUUAUCGGAAACGGGCCUUGAUGCACCAUCCAGAUCGGCACAGUGGAGCCAGUGCCGAAGUUCAGAAGGAGGAGGAGAAAAAGUUUAAGGAAGUUGGAGAAGCUUUUACCAUCCUCUCUGAUCCCAAGAAAAAGACUCGCUAUGACAGUGGACAGGACCUGGAUGAGGAGGGCAUGAAUAUGGGUGAUUUUGAUGCAAACAAUAUCUUCAAGGCAUUCUUCGGUGGUCCUGGGGGCUUCAGCUUUGAAGCAUCUGGGCCAGGAAACUUCUUUUUUCAAUUUGGCUAAUGAAAGGAAACCACCUAGAACCCAGAAAAUGCAGACUUGCUCAGUUUCACCUUGAAUGUGGACACAGUUCACCUCCUCCCUUCAUCAUGUCUCCAUGUACUUAGAGCAGUUUUGUUUUCUCAGUUGGAUACCCUGUGUCUGCGUGAGUGGGGUGAAGGAAAGGGAGCCAGCGCUGAAGACUGCGGGUAGGGGAGGGAGGCGGGGGUGGACAGGGAGGCAGCUUGUGAAGUUUUGUUUUACUGUUUAACUUUAUUAAAAAAGAAAAAAAAUUAAGAGAAUAAAAUGUUUUGACCCUUUCUGGCA